GUGCCCACGCACUGCUGCUCAUUUUCUCGGCGGCUUGCGUACGGCAGUCACUAAGACUAAAUGAGAUGCCGGUGUACUGCGAUGAAUGUGUUGCAGUACCGCCAUUUGGCUGCGUGAGGAAUGUUAUCGGGGAUAAUUCUUUGGGAUGGGGGAAGGUGGCAAUCGUGGCAACCGGGACGGUUCAACUGGUACAAGCUUAAGAGUGCUGUAGUUUCGACGUUGGACAGCGAGGGUUGCCGCAGCCGUUGUGCGGGUGCUUGGCAUUACUACCCGUUUCGAAGGAAGUCACAUUCAAGCAAGCUAGUGCGCAAUGCAUUUGCGCAUGCGUUGUUUAUGUUGCCGAGCAUGCGAUGGAGUAAAGCUGGCAAGGCGUGAACGGUUGCAAAGCUGCAAGUGUGCAUUCAAGCAUGCAUGGAUGGCAAGUAAUGCCAUCUGGGACAUGUCACAUGAGGAUGAGCCGACGCAUGUGCAGCAUGGGAGUCCGCACCUCGUCCCUGUAGAUGUUGUGCGUUUAGGGGUUGAUCAAGUAUCAGCCACAGAGGCUGGUGUAUCAACAGCUACUAGCAGUGCGAAGUCGCAGUGUGCACAUGCGUGACAACAAAAGAAGCAGUCUCGUUACUGGUGCAGUAGGUUUUGGCUGGGUUGCAUCAGUGUGCAUGUGCCUGUGGGCCUAAUCCGCGGAUAAGAUAUGUCCGCGGCUCAGCAUGUGUCACUACUGCACACCGCGUGGGGUGCACGGUCCACUCAGCGCGAAGCCGCAUUGGGUGCGCGCACACAUCCGGUUGGCGGGCUGCAGGAGCACGCGGUCCGCAGAGCCUACGGCACCUGGAGCUGUAGCAAAUAAAGCUUCUGUGCGCCGCGGACGGUGUCCGGGCAGGGCAUUCGUAUACAUUGCAAGCGUGUUGCUGCAUUAGGCGGGUUUGUGUUUGUGAGGCGGGCAGGUUUGUGCUUGUGGAGAUCCGCAUGCGGUCCGUACGUAUAUCCCCAAGGCUCGAAUAAAUUUGAGAAUUACGCGCAUCUGCAUGGCAUAGCACGGACUGCUCAAGCAGUGCUACAACGCCGGGUGGUAUGCCAGGCAAAGCACAAAGGCCAGGCGCGUAUGUGUAUACAUGCUGGUGGUCACGGACACGGAUUGCCUGCUGGCUGUGUGUGGCGGGUUCCCGUGAUUCCUGUGCAUGGAAGGCAUCCACAUCGGACCUGUCUAAUUGGAGUGCAGGCGUUGCACAUGAGCGUCCAUCUGCGAUGCACGCAGGUGCAGAUGGGCUCGUGCGGCCUGCAUUCCCGUUGGCGUGGUAUUCAAACGUGGGGUUUAUUAGUCCACACAGCUCGGUAGGGUUGGGGCCGUGGUUAUAUUUAUACAAAUGCAUGUUAGGUUAAAACACAAUCCGCAUGCGGGGCUGUCGCGCUAUCGCGGCAGACCCCGGCUGUGUGCUGGUGAAGGGUGGCCAUGAAGUGCAAGUGCACAAGAACUCUGGUGCCGCCGCAAGGCGAUGGGAACCCAUGGUGAUAAAGAAUCCGCCUUGUUGCCGCCUACGGCGCGGUGCGGAUCCCGUGCGGAAUGUCGUAUGAUAGUGGCGCAUGGUUGAAAGGUGGCUUCGCAUGAGAGCGUUUCAUGAUUUGCAGGUUGAUUGAGGUCUGGACUAGGAUGAGGAACAGGACGACGCACGGGGCAUGGGACUGAAACCGACUGACUUGGGUUUCCGGUUACGUGAACAAAAGUAGAAAACGGUGGCGUCUGGCAGCCCAACGACGACGCAUGGGCGUGCGUGGGGUUGCAGUUGGUGACGGAGUCGCGCAUAGCCCUGUUGCGUUUUGGGGUCGUCUAAGGAAGGGCCCGCUGAGCUAUUUGAGCCGUGUACUGUUGAUUGUGUAGAGCGGACAGCUUUAUUUGAAUAUAUAUUCUUUGCCGGGCAGCGCUUGAGGCCGGCGAAUGAGGCUGAUAUGGAGGGAUAGCGGCAGGGAGAAAUACAGCCGAUGGCAGGCAGAUAGCGCCGUGUACGAUGCAUUGAGCUGAUGAAUUAUCCGCCGUCAACAUGUAGUUGUAGUGGCUGCGUGUGCGAAGUGUUUAUGCAGCGUUGAUUGUUUAGAUGCGAGAGAGUAUGUCUGCGUUUACGCUGCCAAACGAUGACAUAGGUGCCAUGCAGGUGCAUGAGUGUGGACGCACGCUGCUGAAUGUGUCUGUUGAAGGUGUUUUGAGUGUUCCAACCGUGCGCGUUGCACUACUUGCGUCCCUGAGGGUGGGUAACGGAGCUCUUUCAGCUGUGCAUGCAGUAUUGUUGCCGCGGUCUAAAGGCACAAACAGUAGCGUGAUUGGAUAAGUGGUUGACAUGAUUCUGAACUUUGAUUGCUUGAGUGGGUGUGGAUGCGGAGUGGGUGCUUUUGGGUAGUGGCUAGCGUGCAUGAAAUGAACCAUUCCACCCAGUUGCUUUCUUGUGGCCGCACUUACGGUGCGCAUGGAUAGCGCCAUGCUGGCAGUCGUUCAUGGCGCCAUGCGCAGGCGUGCCUAUCUGCCAGGUACAGUUGCGGGAGUGCAUUCAUCGCCGCAUGAUUAGGGGUUACGCGAUGGCUUGUCGCUUGGAGCGGCCAGCCUAUGUUAGAGCGGUUAGUAUUGAUGUGACUUAUCUUGCUGCUGGCAUACUUACGCAUCGGACAUGUUGCUUGAAUCAGCUACGUACCGUAUUCUACCGUAUUCUUUGCAGGGAGUGUGUUGCGGGGUGUUUGGCUGUUGCGUUGAGCUGUCCUGCUGCGGCCGCGGCUGCCAAGCUGGCCGAUCGUGAAUUGCAGCCUCGCUCAUGUAUUGCGGGUGCGUACGGCGUUAUCCGACGCCUGGGCACUUCAAGCGUGCAACUGCGCAAACCAUGGAGUUCUGCCAGGGAGCGACGCGCACAUGAGCGCAUAGUCCGGCCUUCUUGCUAUAUCGCCUUGAAGCUGGACGUUGCGUUGGUUGCAUGUGCCUUGUUGCGGUGCUGCGAAGCCCGCCGCCGGAGUCUGGGGGCUACUCGGCUGAUUUGCAGUGAGGAUGAAGCAGGCGGCAGCCAUCAAAGGGACGCAUACGGCACCAGAGGUGUUGUACUGAGGCGUAUACCCGCUUUUAAGUGUGUACGGUGCCUGUGGGGCGCUGGGGCCCCGCUGCCCGGCUUGUUCGUGGGAGUCCUUCAUGCUGGACUGCUUUUCUGAGGGGGAUAGUGGUUUUUAACACGCGCGUGUGUGGGUGGAGGGGGCGGUGGGCCGGUGGGAAUGGGGGCUGAGACGCUCCUGAGGACUGCCAAUGGGUGUGUAAAUCUACGCUACA